CGGCAAACAACAAAGCACACGAAACCACUUUAGCGAUCCACCUUCACGCUCUCGCAAACUUUUUUUCUUUUGGUGAAUCUGCUUCACUGUGUGUUUCAAGUCAUUCUGAUCACCCGCAGGCUCAUUCGUUCCUCCGAGAAAAUUUUUCCGUACUAGUAAUUCGCUUUUUGUUCCCUUGUUCAAUCAUAGUGUUUCUCUUUCUUCUUCGUGCACUUGUGCCUACUCCGACAGAAAAUGGCGCCUGCAGGAACAGACGGGAGUGACGCAAAAGGGGCAACGAAACAGUACAGUUGCGACCUUUUCUUGUGAAGUUUGUCAAUAGCUUAAAGUUGAAACUCCACUCAGCUGAAUCUGAACGGACGCAUCCCUCCUUGAUCUACUUCAUUUUUUUUUUGUCGGAAAAUAAUCACGAUUGUCAAAGAUGUUUUAUCAACAUCUUGAUCUUGUGACUUCAAAACAGGGGGGACGGUGACUUGUCUCCAAGCGACGUGAUUCCAGAUCAGUAUGACUACGAAGAGGAGGAGGGCGAGGAUGAGGAAGCGCUGGUCGUGAAGGACCUCGUAAAACUGGACGAGGAAUACGCAGUUUUGACGAGCGAGCUGAAGCAGGAACUGGAAAAAGUGAAGGCCCAGUUCGCGAAGAAGCUCAACAGGAACCUCGACACACGGAAGGCGAUACUUGCUUCCGCGCCAGCCGCCACGGAGACGGCGGGCGAGGGUGGAAACGCGAAGGACAGAGCAGGACAAAGCGACAGCGCCGCAGAUGUUGAGGUAACACAACUCGACGAAAUGCAGAAGCACGCCAACUCCCUCGGAACACCCAAAAUUCCCGGUUUCUGGCUAGAGUGCUUCCAGCGGUCCGACCUGAAGGAGUUUGUCCAGGACGUGGACAUCUGUUGUCUCGAGUACCUGGAGAACAUGGAAUUUUUGGAAAAGAGCGGCCACCUUUUCGCGGACUUCCUGUUCAAACCAAAUCCUUUCUUCACGAAUAGAACCAUCCGCAAAGCGGUAUUUCUCAAGGAGCGAGAAUACAUGGACGGGGAGUUCGAUGUGCUAUCGACGCAGUGUUCCCAAAUCCACUGGAAAAAAGGCAAAAACAUCACGCAAAAGAAAGUCCAAGUGGACAAUAAACCUGAACGAGGUCGCAAAGGGCGCGGCGGAAAAGGUGCGCAUGAUUGGAAUUGUAGAGUACAGAGCUUUCAUCUUACUACAGGCGAUCAACACAUGAUUACAGCACUGCGGGUUCGCACUGCCAUUGCGAAAGAAUUGAAGGCAAUGCUAUCGCUACUUCAUGUCGCUAGACGAGCACGACAAGAUUUUUGCCGGGUUUUUCGUCUUGCCUAGAUCAGAGAUUUAUAUAAGCAAUGCGACUCGCAUUGAUCGCAAAACCGGCCGCGGUUUGUCGCAUCGCUCGCAUUGCUCGCAAAUCAUUGGCGCCCGCCAGCAGUUAGGUGCGUGGCGAUAGGGUAAGGGCCUAACCGUCGGGAUUCGCGAAUUGCCUGACGGGAGGCUGGCCUGCAUAUGCAGGCUGUAGUGGUCUUGCCCUUGUUCUCUCCUUUGGAAGAAUAGUGCUGAGGGUUAGGCGUUUUCUCUUUCUCGAGCGAAGAAACAAAAACAAACUCAAUAAAUACAAGCGACGGCCUUUGCGCGGCCCGUUUGGGGUCUAGCUAGGUAGGUUAGGAUUAGGGGUAGCCCGCUGAAGUGCGCCCCAAUAGUGGGCAUAUGCUCACGAAGUCGCGAGGAGUUGUCGCAAGACUUGCGACAGAUCCGCGCUCUCGCGACUCGCAGGCCGUCGCAUCCGUGUCGCAUUGCUCGCAUUGCUCGCAAAUCAUUGCCGGGGUUUCCUUAUAUAAAUCACUGCUAGAUGAAUUGCACUUCCACCUCAGGCCGAACCUGAAAGAAUACCCCAUAGAAUCGCAACGUACUGAUUUGCUCCCCUUCUCAGGUAACAAGCAGGGCAGCCGCGAAGUGACCGUUACACAGGAAUCCUUUUUCAGCACAUUUUUUCGCAGUCUCGGGGAGGAUGUGGAGGACCACAGGGACGGUCUUCUGAACCCAGAGAGGUAUCCCUCGUUAGCGGAUUUGAAAAAACUUGAUGCCAUCGCGUGCCGGACCGGGGCGGAUCCUCCAGUUGCUGAUGAGGCAGCACCAGAAAAGAAUGAUAAAGACGCGAGCGGAAAUGCGAAAAACGCGUGCGAUUUUCGUUCCGUGGGGGAGCUGUACGCUUACGAGAAGAAAAUCUGCGAGGAAGACGAGGAGGACGAGGACGAUUACUACGAGACGCUGCUCUCCGAGGCUCUGGAAAGCUUCCAACUGUUAAAGAACAGUAUCUUUCCUCGGGCGAUACGCUACUACCGAGGGGAAGUGGAGCUGUAUGCCGACGAAGGCGAAGAAGACAGCGACGACGAGGGGGAAUAUUCGAGUGAGGGCGAGGGGUCCAACACCUGGGCAAAGGAUGACGACGAGUAGGUGGCCUCCCUAGUACCUGAAAACUUUACUAAUGCCAGACGACAGGUGCAGCUGCAGAUGAUCAAAACGGGACCACGCUGCCUGGGACCUGUCUGCACCGGUCUGGUUUGUGAAGAUGCAGGGUCUCUAUGAAAGUGAUUCUCAUUUUCUGACCGUGACAGUCACAACGCAGAUAUCGAUCGGACAUGACUGAGGAAAGUAUCGCAUUAAGAUAUAAAAAGAUCCUCGACUCGGACAUCGAUGGCGGACAUUUUUAGGAUACGAGACUUUUGUAUUUCCGCCUGUUCUCGUACUACCGCCAAGUAAUUAUUUGAUGAAGCAGCUGCUGCUGCAAACGACGACGCUGAGAUUCUGCGUUCGCCGAUG